AUGAAGAACAUCCUGGGCCUCGUGCAGUCUGCGACGUGCCGCAUCGACGUCGCGUUCAAGGACGCCGAUGGCGCCGCAGACUACAAGAAGACCGCCGUGGUGAAGGGCAAGGGCACUGAAACUGAGGAGCUGCCGCUGUACACAAAUCACGACAGCAUCUUUGGCGAGGUGCGCGUGACGCCUCUGACCACCAAGCGCGUGGAGCACAACGGCGUGAGGGUGCAGCUGAUUGGGCAGAUCGAGCUGGCCUCUGAGCGGGGCACGUACCACGAUUUCGUAGCGCUCGUGCGGGAGCUGUCGCCGCCGGGGGACAUCGCGUCGGCAGCAUCGCGGCCGCUGCCGUUUGAGUUCCGCAACGUGGAGAUGGGUUAUGACUCAUACCGGGGGCUGCAGGUCCGCUGCAGGUACCUGCUGCGCGUGACCGUCAGCGGCAAGGGCAUGGUCGCAGACACCAGGAAGGACUUCCCCUUUUGGGUGCGCAACUAUGACGUGGCGGCAGAGGAGGCGCCCCCAAUCAAGGGGCCCAACCACGCCGGCGCCAGCUGUGCAGCCGCCCUCCCCCCCUGA